AUGUACUUGUACAUCAUCAUAAGGACCCCCACAAUGGAGAAGAACCUAAAAUGGUGGACCGAGGUUGCAGUUAUCAUAACAGUAUUCGUAAUAGGGAUUGUGGGAAACGUAUUUGUUCUUAUCAUAGUUCACAAGAGAAAUGCGAGAAGGACAAUCCAUGGAAUGUUUGUGACGAGUCUGGCCAUUGCAGAUCUGGUUUUGCUGUGUUUUGACACGCCUGUUUCCAUUUUACAACACUUAGGCGUCCUUAUGUCUGAAACUUAUAAUUGCAGAGUACAUCUGACUGUUGUUACAACUGGAUACAAUGCAGGGCUUUACACCAUCACAUCCAUGGCGAUUUACCGUUGCCAUAUUGUAACAAAUCCGUGGAAACCAAAGCUGAAAAAAAGAGGUGCAUUAAUAUGGGUGUCAUUCGUGUGGCUGGCUGCUUUUAUUUUGGUUAUUCCACUUAUUACUGUCAGUAAAAUAGCAGACAAUGGAAAGUGUGAAGAAGAUUGGAAUUCCCUUUCUCAUCGCAAGGCAUACACUGCCUCCCUCCUCACAGCACAGUAUAUUUUACCGCUGCUGAUGACAGCCAUUUGCUACAUACGAAUAUGGCUUUUUAUGAGAAAUCGUCCGGUGUUGCCCAGAAACAGCAAUUUAUUGACGGACAGACAAAUGUCAGGAGAAGAAAAUACAAGAGAGAGUAUGAUAAUUCUGAAAACCGUAGCAAUAAUUGUUUUCUUGUUCUCGGUAUUUUUAUUACCAAAUCAAGUAGCUUGGAUGCUGUUGGAUUUCAGAAAUGUCUCCUAUGAAGAGCUCUGGUUUGUUGCAGAUAUACUAACAAGGGCGCAUAGCUGUUUAAACCCAAUUGUGUAUGGAGUCAUGAACAAACAGUACCGUCGUAGUUAUGUCACGUUUUUAUCGCGCAUCUUCUGCUGUAGUCGCGUGCCACGUAUCGCGCAGACCCCAACUUAA